UCCUGCUGUCGAAAUUUCCUGAGCAAACCCACAAAGAAAAAUAUUUAUUUUGUAGGUGUCAGGUUGCAUGUAUUAGACAUUACCUCAAUCGGCCUUCAUACUAAGUCUUGAAGGAGAAGUCCUGUAAUCGGCGUGUCUAGAUAACAUGCUUCCUCAUACAUUUUAUUUUUUGUUGGUGGCGAUUCUCAAUCUUUGCUUACAGUCCGAAGCAUUUCAAAAUACAAAACACCUGGAGAUCAUCAUGGACCAUGUGUUUUCACUUGAGUGUGACCAACUGAAUAAAGAGGAUGUAGUCACUUGGAGCCAAGAGCAGAACCAGAGUUUGCUUGCAGAAAGUUUGCCUGCAAAAAUCAGGCUUAUAAAUAAAUCACUGUGGUUCUUCCCAGCACAGCCGUCACACAGUGGGAACUAUUCUUGCGUUAUCAGGGGUCACCAUGGAUAUUUGGAGAAACAAUUUUCAAUUUCUGUAGCAAACAGGACAUGCCCACUAGUGUCCUCCAACAUACACAAAAUUUAUUGGAAGAAAGGCUUAAAUUUGCCCAUUAAUUGUACCUUUGACCACAUGAAGAGAAUGCUGCAGUUAGACCAACAUUACAAAGUGUCAUGGCAGAAGGGAUGUACCCCACUUAAUAAGAAUAACCACGUUCUUCGACUCAACAGACUUUCAGAGAGUGACAGUGGAAACUACACCUGCUUAGCUAACUUCACCCAGGCAGGACACGUCUACACUGCUGCUAGGACCUUUCAAGUCUUUGUCACUGUUCCUGGUCCAGUUCCACAGAGCCCUAUUGUGGUUAAGCCAAAACAUGAAACAAGAAUUGUAAAAGUUGGUUUAAGGUAUGACUUAAACUGCAGAGUGUUUAUUCAGACAGAGGAUGUUUCUGAAACUUUUGUUUACUGGCUGGUGAACUACAGCCAUACAGAAGAAUUCCCAGAACUCAGUGAACUACAUUCAUGGUGUGAACAAGAAGGCAGUGCAUCCUAUUGCCAGUGUAAUCUUUCUUUGGAUGUUCAUACCGAAUUUCUACAUGUCCCUUUUACAUGUGUUGCCCUUAACUCUAAAGGAAAAGACAAUGGCACAGUCAUACUUCUCCCAGCCAGUGAGGGUGAACUGUAUGGUGGACUGGCUCUGCUCACUAGUUUUAUUAUUCUAGCACUGGGUUUGCUGAUCUUCCAUCUUUUUAAGGUGGACCUGGUGCUGUCUUACAGGAACUGCAGCCCUUGCUUGCAAAGGCAGAAUGAUGGGAAGCUGUAUGAUGCCUAUGUCAGUUAUCCCCAUGGCAAUGAUGAAAACACAUCCUCUGUAACAAACUUCGCUCUGAGGAUCCUUCCCAAGGUCCUAGAGGAUGAUCUUGGCUACAGACUGUUUAUUAGUGGUCGUGAUGAACUUCCAGGUGCAGCUGUCCAUGACGUCAUUGCAGAGAAAGUUGGCAAGAGCCGACGGCUAAUCAUUAUUCUUUCAUCACAGGCCUUCAAAAGGCCUACUGACAGUACCACCACAGGACUUUCACAUGUGCCUGCUGAACAUUUGAGCUUAAGCAAUGAUGCAAGGACAAUUUAUCCAGAUCUCUCUGACCUAAAUGGUAUGAAGGGCUUAAACUGGGGACCUUACGAGUGCUGGGUAGGUGUGUAUGAUGCCCUGAUUAAAGGGCAUUUGCAGGUCAUCCUGAUCCAGCUUGAAGGGGAAGUGGAUGUAUCUUUACUCCCAGAGUCACUGCGCUACAUCAGUCACACUCAGGGUAUACUGAGGUGGAAGCAGGACUACAGCACCAAGCCUAAUGGAAAAUUCUGGAAGCAGCUGCGUUACCGCAUGCCACCAGUGCGGAAAGCCAAACUGGCUGCUAUAGUCUAAAGUGGGUAAAGUAGUACAUCGUUCUAUUAGGUUUAUUCAGAUAGGUAGCUUAUGGAAUGUGUUCAGUUUGGGAAAUGCUGUGACUGCCAGUGCUGUAAAUGUAACACAGGAAAUUAUGUCAUUAAUGUAAUUAUAGGAUGGCUUUAUAAUUUUAAUUCAUUGAAUGGAAGCUACAUUAAAAUAUCUUUUAAAUCAAUGGCCAAGUAGCAAAACUUCUUAAGUUUUAAAACUUAAGUCUGCAGGCAAUAUUGCCGAUUACAACUUGAACGUAAAGAAAUACAGUGACAUCAUGCGAAAUGAGAGCUUGGCUUUGUCUGCAAUCAAAUAGAAUGGGUAUAGGUGCCUAAACAAGCUGAGUAAACUUGUUACCUCACAAACUUUCACUUGAGAAAUACACAGUAAUAUAUAUAAAAAUGAAAAAAUAAGCAGUUAAUGUCUAGUCCAAUUUUCUGGGUGUCCUAGUCUUGUCCCA